UAGUUGCUUGUCCUCCUAUAUCACUUCCCACUCUUCCACUGCCCAUCUUCUACCUCGGAACCCCCUGGCCUCCUAUUCUCCCUCACCAGGUGCCACAUCCACCUUCCCCCAGUCUUUCCUUCCUUCUUCCUCCCUGAGAAAGUCUUCGGUCUUCUUCCUAGGAUCUCUCCUCUCUGGGGAAUUUGCUGGCACCUGGAAGAGAUGGUUUCCUAGGGUUAAGAGCAUCAGGAGACGAUGGGAGUGGGGGCAGGAUGUCUCUUUUCUGCCUUUACACAGAGGGUAGCCCACAUCCACAGAGCCAACUCAUCCUCUUGCCCCUAUGACAUGUCCCAGCCUGGGCUGAGGUUUUACUUCCAGAGGCCCUGCCCUCCAGGGUUCUGAUGCCUGUGCAGCCACCUCAGUCUGUUCCCACAGGAAGGGACCAUCACUUGCAGCCAGAAGCCAUGCCCAAGAGGACCCUGCCCUGAGCCAGGAGCAUGCUGCCCGCACUGUGAGCAAGGUCAGCCUCCUGCCAGUCUCAGCCCCACCUCCUGCCUGCCUUCUCUGGCCCACAGACACAGCCUGCCACCUCAGUGAGUCUGGGACAUGCCCAGGGGUGCCUGCCCACUCACUCUGACAGUGGCCAGGGGAGUGCAGAACCCAUGCACAAAUCAGCAAAUACUGGCUCUGGCCUGGGACUGAGCCAGAGACCAUGGGGAAACAGGCACAAAAUCUUUUUCCUGCCCUCAGGGAGCCUCCAAUCUAGUUGAGAAGACAAGCUCAUAGCCAAGCUACCACAAGAUUGAAGACCCAAUGAGCAGAUUAAGAGGAGGUGUAGAAGGCAGUGCAGUGUGUAUUUUGCCAGAGGAGGGCACAGGAGGCAGGGGAAGCCCGUCGAGGCUGGGCAGUCAGGGGGCCUUUCCAGACAAUGGGUCCUUUGAGCUGGGUCUUCAUGGGAAAGUGGGGUUCCACCUGAAGGAGAGGGAGUAAGUGAGGGUCCUCUGGGCACAAGGACAGGGUGGAGAGAGGUGGGUUGCAGGAAGGCCAUGUGGGAAGGCCAGUGGGAACAGGCUGCUGUAAGCCUUGCAAUUAGGACUUUUUUCUAUGGGCAGUGGGAGGGUAUGGAAGGCUGAAGCAGUGUGCGGUAUGGUCAAGGGGGCGCUUGAGGAAUAUGCACCUGGUGAGGGCUAGAUGCAGACAGAGGCAUCGGGGCUGUGACAGCAGUUGUCUAGGCAUCGAGCCAGGGAUGGCAGUGGGCUGGAGAAAGGGGGAUGUUUCUAAAGGACGGGCAGGAGCCAGUGACUGGCUGGGUCCCCUGGAAUAGUGGAGGCCGAGCUUGGGACACUAGGAUAGCAAUGGUGCCAGGGGCAUGAAGAGAGCUGGGAGGAAGAGAAGGUCAUGGCUAUGCAGGGGGGUGUUACUGGCUCAUAGGGGGAUAGUGUUGCCAGAUUUAGCAAAUGAAAGUCUAGAAUGCUUUGUUAAAUCUGAAUUUCAAUAAACGGUAUGUAAGUUUUUAGUAUAGGCAUAUCCUAUGCAAUAUUUGGGACAUUCUUAUACUAAAAAUGACAUCUUAUUCUUCUGAAAUUCAGAUUUUACUGGGCAUCCUAUAUUUUAUCUGGCAGCCCCUCCGAGAGAGGAGUCUCAGUUGGUAGUAAGAAAGGUGGGACAGGGACUCAGACCAGUUGGGUCUGGAAAUGCAGCCUGGAGUGUUAGCUGGAGAUGAGGACUAAAAUCUUGGGGGUUGAUGGAUCUCAAAGAAAAGACACACAAAGAAAAGACCCCCCCGACACACACACACACAGACACACUCUUCAGGGCACGUGGUGCCUCAGGGCCACUGCUAGCCUAUAUGAUGUCUUUGGUGAAAUUUUAAAAGGCACCCUUUCCUCAAGACACUACUUCCAUCUGUUGUAAAAUAAUGGAACCAUGCUGAUGAUGUGCCUGUCAGACAUUUUAGUGCCAUCUGCUGGAAAGGGGUAGUAAAUAUUAAAAUCGCUGAUGUCUGUCACGUGAAUGGUGCCCCUUUAAUGUGGCACCCAGUCCUUUGGGUCUCUUACUUGGGGGUCUGGGCCUGGUUUUCCAGGCUGCCCUGGGGCCACGGGGUUGGGGAAACAUGGCAUCCAGAGCCCUGUGUCAUCUCCACCUGCCAGGUAAAGGAAUCAGCCACCACCCACAUCCCUGCUGCUGGGCAGACUGCCAGCCUGGCCAUGCCAAGCCCAAAUGUGGGGGCUAGGCAGGGCUGCUACUGCCACUGCCCAGGCAUCAGGGCUGAAGCCUGCUAGGCCUGCAGAGUAAGCCAGCUCUGGCAAAGGAGAGGGACGGAGCAGGAAGGGACGAGGAGGGAGAGCGGGAGAGAGAGAAAGAGGGAGGAUGGUGGGGGAAGGGAGGGCUUGUUCAGUGUCUGCCCUGCAGGCAGGGGCCAUGCAGUGCCAGGGGCCCUCGUGUUCAGAGCUCAACUGCUUGGAGAGCUGCACCCCACCUGGGGAGUGCUGCCCCGUCUGCCGGCCCGGUGACCUCCAGCCCUGUCCUGCCCUGCCCCGCCAUCCCUUCAACCCCAAGGGUCCAGUACCUACUUGGGGUCAUGCCUUCCCUCAAGUGAUGUCCACCCACCCUGCUGCCUGGUGGCCCACUUGUCAUCCUGUCAACCCUCCCAGGCUAGGAGCCAAGUUCACUGCAUGCCCCUGAAGUGCCCGCCCAGCCCCUGCCCAGAGCCAGUCCUGAGGCCUGGGCACUGCUGCCCGACCUGCCAAGGCUGCACAGAAGGUGGCUCUCACUGGGAACAUGGCCAAGAGUGGACAACACCUGGGGACCCCUGCCGAAUCUGCCGGUGCCUGGAGGGUCAUAUCCAGUGCCGCCAGCGAGAAUGUGCCAGCCUGUGUCCAUACCCGGCCCGGCCCCUCCCAGGAACCUGCUGCCCUGUGUGCGAUGGCUGUUUCCUAAACGGGCGGGAGCAUCGCAGCGGGGAGCCUGUGGGCUCAGGGGACCCCUGCUCGUACUGCCGCUGUGCUAAUGGGAGUGUGCAGUGUGAGCCUCUGCCCUGCCCGCCGGUGCCCUGCAGACACCCAGGCAAGAUACCUGGGCAGUGCUGCCCUGUCUGCGAUGGCUGUGAGUACCAGGGACACCAGUAUCAGAGCCAGGAGACCUUCAGACUCCAGGAGCGGGGCCUCUGUGUCCGCUGCGCCUGCCAGGCUGGCGAGGUCUCCUGUGAGGAGCAGGAGUGCCCAGUCACCCCGUGUGCCCUGCCUGCCUCUGGCCGCCAGCUCUGCCCAGCCUGUGUGCUGGAUGGAGAGGAGUUUGCUGAGGGAGUCCAGUGGGAGCCUGAUAGUCGACCCUGCACCGCCUGCGUCUGUCAAGAUGGGGUACCCGAGUGCGGGGCUGUGCUCUGCCCCCUAGCCCCCUGCCAGCACCCCACCCAGCCCCCUGGUGCCUGCUGCCCCAGCUGUGACAGCUGCACCUACCACGGCCAAGUGUAUGCCAAUGGGCAGAACUUCACGGACGCAGACAGCCCUUGCCAUGCCUGCCACUGUCAGGAUGGAACUGUGACAUGCUCCUUGGUUAACUGCCCUCCCAUGACCUGCGCCAGGCCCCAGAGUGGACCAGGCCAGUGUUGCCCCAGGUGCCCAGUCUGCAUCCUGGAGGAAGAGCUGUUUGUGGACGGCGAGAGCUUCUCCCACCCCCGAGACCCCUGCCAGGAGUGCCGAUGCCAGGAAGGCCAUGCCCACUGCCAGCCUCGCGCCUGCCCCAGGGCCCCCUGUGCCCACCCGCUGCCUGGGACCUGCUGCCCGAACGACUGCAACGGCUGUGCCUUUGGCGGGAAAGAGUACCCCAGCGGAGCGGACUUCCCUCACCCCUCUGACCCCUGCCGUCUGUGUCGCUGUCUGAGCGGCAACGUGCAGUGCCUGGCCCGCCGCUGCGCGCCGCUGCCCUGUCCAGAGCCUGUCCUGCUGCCGGGAGAGUGCUGCCCGCAGUGCCCAGCCUCCCCAGCUCCCGCCGGCUGCCCACUGCCCAGCCAGGCCCCCGCCCGCCACCAGGAGUACUUCUCCCCACCCGGCGAUCCCUGCCGCCGCUGCCUCUGCCUCGACGGCUCCGUGUCCUGCCAGCGGCUGCCCUGCCCGCCCGCGCCCUGCGCGCACCCGCGCCAGGGGCCUUGCUGCCCCUCCUGCAACGGCUGCCUGUACCAGGGGAAGGAGUUCGCCAGCGGGGAGCGCUUCCCAUCGCCCACUGCUGCCUGCCACCUCUGCCUUUGCUGGGAGGGCAGCGUGAGCUGCGAGCCCAAGGCAUGUGCCCCUGCACUGUGCCCCUUCCCUGCCAGGGGCGACUGCUGCCCUGACUGUGAUGGCUGUGAGUACCUGGGGGAGUCCUACCUGAGUAACCAGGAGUUCCCAGAUCCCCGAGAACCCUGCAACCUGUGUACCUGCCUUGGAGGCUUCGUGACCUGCGGCCGCCGGCCCUGUGAGCCUCCGGGCUGCAGCCACCCACUCAUCCCCUCUGGGCACUGCUGCCCGACCUGCCAGGCUCUUCUGUUGGACUCCCCGCUCUGCCAGGAUGCCGCUACCAUGGCGUCACUGCUGCCUCCGGAGAGACCCUUCCUGACCCACUUGACCCUACCUGCUCCCUCUGCACCUGCCAGGAAGGUUCCAUGCGCUGCCAGAAGAAGCCAUGUCCCCCAGCUCUCUGCCUCCACCCCUCUCCAGGCCCCUGCUUCUGCCCUGUUUGCCACAGCUGCGUCUCUCAGGGCCGGGAGCACCAGGACGGGGAGGAGUUUGAGGGACCAGCAGGCAGCUGCUGGCCAGGUCAGCUGUGUGCAGCUGCGGUGCCCACCCCUUCCCUGCCAGCUCCAGGUCACUGAGCCGGGGAGCUGCUGCCCUCGCUGCAGAGGCUGCCUGGCUCAUGGGGAAGAGCACCCCGAAGGCAGUAGCUGGGUGCCCCCCGACAGUGCCUGCUCCUCCUGUGUGUGUCACGAGGGCGUCGUCACCUGUGCCCGCGUCCAGUGCAUCAGCUCUUGCGCCCAGCCCCACCAGGGGCCCCAUGACUGCUGUCCUCGAUGCUCUGACUGUGAGCAUGAGGGCCGGAAGUACCAGCCCGGGGAGAGCUUCCAGCCUGGGGCAGACCCCUGUGAAGUGUGCAUCUGUGAGCCACAGCCUGAGGGGCCUCCCAGCCUUCGCUGUCACCGGCGGCAGUGUCCCAGCCUGGUGGGCUGCCCCCCCAGCCAGCUCCUGCCCCCUGGGCCCCAGCACUGCUGUCCCACCUGUGCCCAGGCUUUGAGUAACUGUUCAGAGGGCCUGCUGGGAUCUGAGCUAGCCCCACCAGACCCCUGCUACACGUGCCAGUGCCAGGACCUGACAUGGCUCUGCAUCCACCAGGCUUGUCCUGAGCUCAGCUGUCCCCUCUCAGAGCGCCACACUCCCCCUGGGAGCUGCUGCCCCGUAUGCCGGGAAUGUGUGUUGGAGGCCGAGGGCCGGAGAGUGGCAGAUGGAGAGAGCUGGCGGGACCCCAGCAAUGCAUGCAUCGCCUGUACCUGCCGACGGGGCCAUGUGGAGUGCCACCUCGAGGAGUGCCAGGCCCUCUCCUGCCCCCAUGGCUGGGUGAAGCUGCCCCAGGCUGACAGCUGCUGUGAGCGAUGCCAAGCUCCCACCCAGUCCUGCGUGCACCAGGGCCGUGAGGUGGCCUCUGGAGAGCGCUGGACUGUGGACACCUGCACCAGCUGCUCCUGCAUGGCGGGCACCGUGCGUUGCCAGAGCCAGCGCUGCUCACCGCUCUUGUGUGGCCCCGACAAGGCCCCGGCCCUGAGUCCCGGCAGCUGCUGCCCCCGUUGCCUGCCCCGGCCCGCUUCCUGCAUGGCCUUCGGAGACCCCCAUUACCGCACCUUCGACGGCCGCCUGCUGCACUUCCAGGGCAGUUGCAGCUAUGUGCUGGCCAAGGACUGCCACGGCGGGGACUUCAGUGUGCAUGUGACCAAUGAUGACCGGGGCCUGAGCGGCGUGGCCUGGACCCAGGAGGUGGCGGUGCUGCUGGGAGAUGUGGCCGUGCGGCUGCUGCAGGACGGGGCAGUCACGGUGGAUGGGCGCCUGGUGGCCUUGCCCUUCCUGCAGGAGCCACUGCUGUACGUGGAGCUGCGAGGACACACUGUGAUUCUGCACACCCAGCCCGGGCUCCAGGUGCUGUGGGAUGGGCAGUCCCAGGUGGAGGUGAGCGUACCUGGCUCCUACCAGGGCCGGACUUGUGGGCUCUGUGGGAACUUCAAUGGCUUUGCCCAGGAUGAUCUGCAGGGUCCUGAGGGGCUGCUCCUGCCCACGGAGGCUGCGUUUGGGAAUAGCUGGCAGGUCUCAGAGGGGCUGGGGCCUGGCCGGCCCUGUUCUGCAGGCCGAGAGGUGGAUCCGUGCCGGGCAGCAGGUUACCGUGUGAGGCGUGAGGCCAAUGCCCGGUGUGGGGUGCUGAAGUCCUCGCCAUUCAGUCGCUGCCAUGCUGUGGUGCCACCGGAGCCCUUCUUUGCCGCCUGUGUGUAUGACCUGUGUGCCUGUGGCCCUGGCUCCUCUGCUGAUGCCUGCCUCUGUGAUGCCCUGGAAGCCUACGCCAGUCACUGUCGCCAGGCAGGAGUGACACCUACCUGGCGAGGCCCCACGCUGUGCGUGGUAGGCUGCCCCCUGGAGCGUGGCUUCGUGUUCGAUGAGUGUGGCCCUCCCUGUCCCCGUACCUGCUUCAAUCAGCAUAUCCCCCUGGGGGAGCUGGCAGCCCACUGCGUGAGGCCCUGCGUGCCUGGCUGCCAAUGCCCUGCAGGCCUGGUGGAACACGAGGCCCACUGCAUCCCACCCAAGGCCUGCCCCCAAGUCCUGCUCACUGGAGACCAGCCACUUGGUGCUCGGCCCAGCCCCAGCCGGGAGCCCCAAGAGACACCCUGAGUCAGGACAGUGGCCGAUCAGGGUUCAUCAGGCCAGGAGUCUCCCCUUGGUGAGCAGUUCCCACCCUGGUUAGGGCUGUGGAGAGAAUGCCCUGCCUGGACACUGGAGCCUGGGCCCCUGCCCUGCAAAGACCCCCGCCAUGUUGAGUCACAAGCAGUAAACUCUAGGCCUGCC